AUGAAGCGCCCUUCGAUCAGUGGCAGCACCAACGGCGAAGGCCGUCAGCGGCGUCGCACCUCUGUCGCCGACGAUGCAGCGCAGUUGGCGACAUUAGGCCACAAGCAGGAGCUGCAGCGGAAUUUCAGCUUUAUUUCUAUGCUUGGUUUGGCUUUCGCCAUUCUGAACUCGUGGACCGCGCUCGCUGCGUCGCUGACGCUUGCGCUUCCAUCAGGUGGCCCGUCGAGCGUCAUUUGGGGCUUGAUCACGGCAGGAGUUGGCAACUUGGCCCUUGCAGCAUCGCUCGCCGAGUUCAUCUCCGCCUUUCCCACAUCUGCAGGACAGUACCACUGGGCAGCUAUCGUUACGCCGAAACGUUGGGUUCCCAUCGUCUCCUGGGUCACUGGCUGGGUUAACGUUGCCGGAUGGGUAGCUCUGUCGUGUACAGGCGGCCUCUUAGGCAGCCAGCUCAUCAUUGGGGCCAUCAGCUUCUUCGACGACAGCUAUACCAGCCAUCCGUGGCAGCAGUUCUUGAUAUACCUCGCUUACACUUUUGUGGCAUUUCUGGUGAACGCGUUUGGGACCAGGCUACUUCCCAUGAUCACGCAGACGGCCUUCAUCUGGAGUAUCGCAGGUUUCGUGGUAAUUUGUAUCACGUUGUUGGCAUGCUCAAGUCCGAAUUACCAGUCAGGGAGCUUUGUGUACAGCGACUUCAUUAACGAGACUGGGUGGCCGGACGGGUUCGCAUGGCUGCUGGGCCUUUUGCAAGGCGUUUUCGGCUUGACUGGAUUCGACGCUGUUGCGCACAUGAUCGAAGAGAUUCCAAGUCCGACUGUCGAAGGCCCAAAGAUCAUGAUCUAUUGUGUUGCAAUAGGUGUCUUUACCGGCUUCGUCUUUCUUUCGGUUCUGUUGUUCGUGCUCAAGGAUCUCGACACAGUCCUCACCAGCACCGCAGGACCGCUGCUGCAGAUCUUCUACGAUGCAACGAAUAACCAAGCGGGCGCAGUGUGUCUACUCAUCUUUCCAUUGGCUUGCGUUCUCUUCGCAGAGACCUCGAUCAUGACCACCAGCAGUCGUAUGACGUACGCCUUCGCGAGAGAUGGCGGAUUGCCCUUCAGCAAGUUCUUCGCGAAGGUACACACUGGCCUUGAUGUGCCACUCAAUGCACUCAUUCUGACUAACGUGCUCGUCGUCAUCUUCGGAUGCAUUUUCCUGGGCAGCAGUAGCGCUUUCAACGCCAUCGUGUCCGCAAGUGUUGUUGCUCUGGGAAUCACUUAUGCCAUACCUCCGUCGAUCAACUGUUUGCGAGGAAGGAGGAUGCUCCCUGAGUCACGACCGUUUGUGCUGUCUGGACCUAUAGGAUGGACUUGCAACUUGGUUGGAAUUGCGUUCGCGCUUCUGACUACGGUUCUGUUUGUCUUCCCUCCGUUCCUGCCAGUGACCGGCACCAACAUGAACUACUGCAUUGUAGCGUUCGCCAUCGUCAUCAUCGUUUCGACUGUUCAGUGGUUUAUUGAUGGUAGGAAGAACUUUCAUGGACCCUACAUUGACCCCGAGGCUAUGGCCGCCGCCGGUGCUCCCAGCGAAGGACUUGGAUUGGCUGUUGGCGACAGUAGAGCCGACACUAAUGGCGGGAGCGAUGCCAAUGUCAAGGAUAGAGCCGAGUUAGAUGGCGAGAGCGCCGGGAAGAAGGCCGUGUAA